UUCUUCUUCUUUCUCUUCUUCUUGUUCACUGUCACACCGAACAAACGACAAGAUUGGAUCGCAGAGCGAUUAGGGAUUCUCCGAUCUGGUCUCCCGGAAAUGUUCCUGUUCGACUGGUUCUACGGCGUCCUCGCAUCCCUCGGCCUCUGGCAGAAGGAGGCCAAGAUUCUCUUCCUCGGCCUCGAUAACGCCGGCAAGACCACCCUCCUCCACAUGUUGAAGGACGAGAGACUAGUGCAGCACCAGCCGACGCAGCAUCCGACGUCGGAGGAAUUGAGCAUCGGCAAGAUUAAGUUCAAGGCUUUUGAUUUGGGCGGACACCAGAUCGCUCGCCGAGUCUGGAAGGAUUACUACGCUAAGGUGGAUGCAGUAGUUUACUUGGUUGAUGCUUAUGAUAAAGAUCGGUUUGCAGAGUCAAAGAAGGAGCUGGAUGCACUCCUUUCAGAUGAAAGUCUGGCAACUGUUCCAUUUCUUGUGCUGGGCAACAAGAUUGACAUCCCCUAUGCGGCUUCAGAAGAUGAGCUGCGCUACCAUCUGGGACUGACCAAUUUCACAACUGGCAAGGGAAAAGUGAAUCUUGCGGAUUCUAGUGUUCGGCCCCUUGAGGUCUUCAUGUGCAGUAUCGUCCGCAAGAUGGGGUAUGGUGAUGGCUUCAAAUGGGUCUCCCAGUAUAUCAAAUAGAGGGUAGAGUAAGUAGGAAGAUAACAUUUUGGUUCAGUACUUGUGUGGUAUAUUCCCUGCCAAUUGUAGUGUCUGACCACAAUUAUAAUUGAAGAGGAAUUUGUUGCUUUGUUUUGAUCACAAUUGAAGGAUUGACAACUAUCAUAGUAUGUGAUUCGUUUUGCAAUGUUCAUUUCAGAUAUUUGCUAUUCUAGAA